GUUAAUCCUCGGACUGCUACAAAGACUACAACCCUACCGGUCGGUGGCGGCCCAGAAGGCAGCACCCCUGUACUCGUACCGCGUGGAACGACUGUGGGAUACUCCGUCUAUAUCAUGCACCGUCGCAAGGAUCUCUAUCGUGAGGACGCAGACAGUUUCUGCCCUGGGAGGUGGGAGGGUGGUCGUCUGAGCGACGUUGGAUGGGGGUCCUUGCCCUUCAAUGGCGGGCCGGGGCUUGGAUGGUCAUUGGCUCCCGGAUUGCUACCCUCAAACGAUCAAUCGGUACGGAAACAAUCCUUGCCUCCUGUGCGUGGUCUAUAA